UACAACUGCAGCAGAGAUUUUUAUUUUUAUACAUUCGAUUCGAUGAACCUACGUCCGUCUGUCAACACCGAAGAAAUCAUGUAGUAGUGCAGACACGAACCUCCAUCGUAAUCUAACGACACACAUUCAUAGGUACGAGUAUUUUCUGAAGGUACCUAUAUAAUACACAUAGGUCUUAUCUUGAACGACGUUCACCCAUAUUUGAAGGUAUGGAGAUGGACGCUAUCAACGAUCGCGUGAAGAAUUACCUGACUCACGUCGGUGGUGAACUCAAAGGCUAUGAUGAGUGGACGAUCAGCACUGGACCCGCAACGGUGGCUGGUCGUGGCGUCGUGGCCACCCGUGAUUACAACGUGGGUGACGUGAUAUUCGUAGACGUUCCACUGAUUGUUUCACCGAGAGCGUUGAGCACGGACGGCACCCGAAGCCCAGUGUGUCCAGUAUGCUACUCUGUAUUAACGACGCCAAUCGGAUGUCCGGGUGGUUGCCAGUGGCCGGUGUGUGGACUUCAGUGUGCCAACCAUCCCGAACACCAGAACGAGUGCCGGUACGUCCGACAGCUAUGCCCGAAAACAAAGAGCGACGACCAGACGUGGUCAGCGGGCAUGUACAAUGCAAUCACGGCCGUCCGGGGCCUUUCGAUCAGGGACGGGGAGUACAAGUACUUCCUGGACAUGUUGCAAAAAAAAUUGACGGAUAAACUUACGUUUGAGGUUGAAGAACUGAAAAGAAACAUAAGUAUGGAUUUAGACAAGGAAGAUGAAAAAAUAAUGGUAACUACAUGUAAAAUAAUGGAUGCUAAUUGUUUUGAAACAAUAGUAAAUCGUUCCAAUAAAUCAAUAAGUUUGAAAGGUUUGUACCCUGUAGCAGCAUUUAUGAACCAUUGUUGUGUUCCAAACACAAUGCACAAUUUUAACGAGAAACUUCAAAUGAUCGUAAAAGCUUCCUUGCCAAUAUAUAAAGGACAGGAAAUUAAUACUAGUUACACAUAUUCAAUUUGGCCUACUUCGCUACGUCAGAAGCACUUGUUAAUGUCAAAACAAUUUAUUUGCACCUGUAGUAGAUGCUGUGACAUAGAAGAAUUUGGAACUGAGUUAGCAGCACUGAAUUGCAUAGUUAAAAACUGUGACGGUCGCAUUUUACCAAUCAAUCCAUUAGACAAAAUGUCGAUUUGGCAAUGCAAGAUUUGCAAAAAAUUGGUAUCGAGCUCAGAAAUGAUAUGUUUCUACAAACAUGUUGAAACUUUAAUGAAAAGCAUAAAUUUAUUCUGUCCAAAAAGCUUUGAAGCAAUUUUAAAGUCAUUUAAUAUUCAUAAAGACAGUCCAUUUGUAGUUGAUUUAAGAUUGAAAUUUAUUUGGAAGUCAAAAAACCAAAGUUUGAAUCAUGAACAAUUGCUUUAUAAAGAAAAAUUAUGCAUGGAAAUGUUGGAUUUAAUACAAAAACUAAGAUUAGGUCAAUGUCGAUUAUUAGGUUUAAUAUCUCUAGAACUUCUGAAGGUGAUUAGGGAAAAAGCUUAUCGUUUCCGGUGGAAAUGGAACACAAAAACAUUAAAUGUACGUACACAAUAUUMUCAUGGUGUUAUUAGCGAUAUUGUAUAUUUCAAAUACGCAYCAAUUGUGUCAGUGGACGUCGAACGUUCAUUUUCGACGUACAAGACUUUGUUGGCUGACAACCGCCGUAAAUUCAAAUUUGAUAAUCUGGCCAAGCAUUUAAUAAUCCAAUGUAACACUCAAGCCCUUCAGGAUUCUGACCAGAGUGACUGA